AUGGGCGGCGGUGGGAUCCGCUUCAUUAUAAAAAGCAGAACAUCCCUAACAACAAGAUAUUCCAGGGACACCAAAGAGCGGACACUCCACUGGAAACGACUCCUCUGGGGUCCCGGAAGGCCACUCCGCAGUGGUGCUGACCUCCUGUUUCUCAGCAAGGCGGUCCGGGCCUUCUGCCGUCAGCCAGCCACGCCCCACUUCCCGUGGUCCUCUUCCGACACGAAAGACGCCAGGAACCGGAAGAACAAAACAGCGCGCGGCGAGUUUCCUACUCUAGUGGCAUUUUCUUUCUGUGUCUCUGUGACUUCAGAAGUGGCCCAGGGCCCAUCAUUUGGGGGCAAGAAGCUGCCUGGAUGCUUUCUGGCCUUCUGGGUGUGCAGACAAUCUCACGGUUUCACCAGCCACUUCCUUUUACUCCCUUGCCCAGGCUUCAGCGGCAGAAGACAAUUUUGCAUUUCUAGGGAACAUCAACAAAUACUGUAUUCAUUUCUGAGAAGCACCUUCAUGGUCAAUCUUGAGCUUGUUGCUGGAGAGAUCCAGAGAAGCACCGAAGGAAAGUCAAUCCCUGUUCUUAUUGAGCUUGCACAAGAGUUGGAGGAAUUAAAUACACACCUGGGACUCUUCAGAAGCACUCUCACAGAGCAGGACAUGGGUAAGUGGGAGAGCUCUAGUCAGGAUCUGCAGGAGUUGAGAGGCUAUUGUGAUAUACUGGAAGCAGUCUAGACCUUGAAGUCAGACCAUGAUGAUUCCAGUCUUCGUUCCAUCACUUACCAGCUAUGUGACCUUGGGCAAACCACUUCUUUCUCUGAGUCUCAGUUUGCUUAUCGAUAGAAUGGGAAUAAUAAUACCUAUUGAUAGGAUUGUUUUAAGGAUUCUGUGAAACAGCGGAUAUGGAAAAGCACUUUAUAGGCUGGAAAGUUGCAAUGCACAUUUUAGGAAUUACCAUUCAUGCAGGGCAGUCACUCUGGUCUGGAGUGGUUAGGGAAGACUCUAUUCUGUUAUCCACUGACACCCUGCAGGACAGAUACCGUUAAACAUAACUGAAAGAGGGAAGAUGAAGCCCAGUUGCUCUAUACACUCUUUGCUGCUGGACCAUGGAGGAUAUAUGGAAUGGGUGUGGGGGUGGCCCACUUCCUCCUACCCGCUUCUUCUGAAGAAUCUACUAGGACUUGGAAUACUUGUCUUGAUAAUUCUGAGAAGAAUGGAAACACUGGAAAGAUGUGGUGUUGGCAGCGACUCGGGACCCUGCAAGACCCAGUGGGAAAGGAAUGGUGGUCAGAUUGUCAGGCCCCUGCACUCUGCCCGGGCAAAGGUAUUCACAAGCCUCCCUGGGGGCUCACCAGAGGGGACUAUGCUCAACUGGCUUCUCAGAAGCUUCCUACUCUCUGGGGCCCGUGAUGCAUGGCAACUUGCCUGCUUGUCCCCAGCAAAGGACAGUGUCCAGAGUCCAUUCCUCCUGCCUCAUCACUGAGGAGGAGCAAGACAACCCCAGUCCCAGCCCUGCUCCUUUCUCCUUCAAGGCACGGUUAACUGUUGACAGUGCAAUGUAAAUGCUGGGAAGUGUCAAGAUUAAUAAACAGGAAGAGGAUUUAGAAGCUAAAUGCAUGCCUAACUCAUAGGGCAGAUUAUAUGGUUACACCAUUAUUACUUUGAGACAUAGUUACUCUUUCUUCCAAGGAAUCUUGUAGAAAUGUGAUUACGGUGUAGUUUCUGUAUGUCACCAGAUCUUAUGAAGUAGACCGGUGGGCCCCACUCAGCCCCUGGGGGCUAGAGAAGAGUUAUGAGCUACACUAGUUUGUCUUGGUUUUAUCUUCAUUCCUAUGAACUCUCUUGGGGAGAAGCCUGCCUAGGAAGCUGCUCCCCACUUUCAAUCUCAUUUUCUGAUACCUAGUUGUGAAUUUCCUUUAACUAAAUAUAGUUUGGGCUGGGACAGGUGGCUCACGCCUGUAAUCCCAACACUUUGGGAAGCCAAUGGGGGCAGAUCAUCUGAGGUCAGGAGUUGAAGACUAGCCUGGCUAACACGGUGAAACCCUGUCUCUACUAAAAAUACAAAAGUUCGCCGGGAAUGGUGGUGUGCAAAUGUAAUCUCCGCUACUCGGGAGGUUGAGGCAUGAGAAUCACUGAA